AAGUCGAGCAGCGUCGGGGGAUCGUCGCGACAUCUAGCGGUCAGCUUCCGUUCCACCACGUGAACUUGGGAAUAUGUUCGUUUGCACUUUGUGCACCCGGUUCGCUUCUUUUUCCUUUUUUUUCGAACGCCCGCGAAAAUUGAAUACAAUUUUCUUAUUAGUUUAAAAGUUUUAUUUAUGUUUGCUUUCGAUUAAUUAUGUAAAAUCGUUUUGUAGUACAUAAUAUUUACAAAUUCAAUGAAAUUACGAAUUAAAUGAAAUCUUUGUAUGUACUAUAUAAUUUAAAAAAAUUUAAUAAAUAUUCGUGCAAAAGUUUAUUUCUUAGAAAACCUUACAUAAAUUAAUUAACCAUUGGUAAAUAUUUUGUAUAAAUGAUUUAUGUUAAAGAAAAAGAGAAGGAAACUGUAUUAGCCUAUCACGUUAGUUUUGGGGAUUUCUCAGACGUUUAUUUGUCAUUACAAAAUAUGAAACAUUAUAAGAAUUGUCUGAUAAAAGACACUUGCAUUUGUUUUACGUCUCAAAAACAAAGUAUGAUGAGCCAGUAUUGGUGACCUUUUUCUAUUCUUUUCAGAGAAAUAAAAAAAAUUAAAUCAUUAGGUUAAAAAAAAAAAUCUCUAGAUUAACUUCCUUCGGUCGACGUAUGAAACGCGAGAACGUCUGGUGCCGCGGGAGAGCUGGGAGAAUGAAUCUUCUCAGGUUGGCCGCACUGAUGUUUACCUACCGAGAGAGUAUCGGGCAGACGGCGGCACAGAUGCGGUGGCAUGUAUACGUUAAAACAAUUGCAGUAGAGUUAGUCACUUUUACUCGGAAUUUACUCGAUCACAGUCAGAUCGCGUACGAUUACGUUUUCUAAUCGCGUGCUCUCCGGGAUUUUGUAUCGUUCGAAGAAAUAUUGUAUUUCUCGUGCGGUUAACGGCAGCUAACCUCUCGGCGGACGCUACUGUUACCGGAAACUCAGUUAUCGCUCAAAGUUUCAACAUUUGCCGUUUUCCGGAACAAGUCACUCGUCACGGAAACGGGCGCUUUCGUAGAAGCAGUUUGCACUGGCGGUGUCAACGACGAUCGCGACAAGCGAGAAAUGGCUUAGGCAGCGCAAAAGGCCGGGAGGCACGAAUGGUACGAGGUGCGAAGUUACGGAUACAUGGAACCGUAUUCGCGGGGAAGAGGGGCGGGACGCGGGCAAGACAACAUGGCAAAAGGAUGUCUCGAAGUGGCGAAGAAGAGAAGAAAAGAGAAGACGGCGAGAGUGGCACGAAGAGGCGAGAGGAGAGAAGUCGCUAUUUAUGCGUCUGACUUGAGCCUUGGAGUCUCGAGUUCCAGGCGAGGGAACCACGCUCGGCUAGGUGGAUAUACGUUUAUUAGGCGGACUGGUCGAAAGACGGGAGGGUUUUUCGAGAGGAGGCGCACACGAGCGCGUGAAAGGGCAUCCACGUGGACCGCCUGCUUACCCGGUGUGACGAGUAGAUAAAGGCUAACUUGCGCGGCUCAGAAUCGACGUUCCUUCCAGGACGGCCAGGAAAUUCAAAUAAAGGCGGACGCGCAGCACACCGGCCCUUCCACCUUUCCCACCCUCGCUGACCUCAGCGUUUCCCCAAGCUGCUCCGCGUCAAGGGAAAAUAGAAAAUGAUAGUAUUCUUACGGCCCCCGUUCGGGCUAAACUGAUGAGACUUUGCAACGUUCUAACGGGAGAUCUUAUGAAAAAUUUCAUUAUGUCUUUUUGAAAAAUAUAUGUAACUAUCAAUAUUCGGUGCUACAAAACUGUCGGAUAGAAUGGCUUACUUAAUAUUGAAAUUUAUUGAAUUUAUGUAUGCGAGCUGCUUGUGUUAUUUAUAUUUAAGAAACGUGACAUUUUUAUUUAAAAAACUUAAAAGGCAUCUAUAUUGUUACUUUGACAUAUUGCUUUUGUAUUCAAAUAAUGUUUAUUUACCCCGGUGUUAGCUCCCGAGGGAUUUAGUCAGGAUUUAGAGUUUGUAAUAAAUAGUAUUUCUCUCUCUCCCUCUGUUCGCCGCUUUCUCUCCGUUUUAUCUCCCUCUUGUGGUCGUCGCAAACAACGGCAGGUGAAUUAACGCAGGACUGGUUAAUGAGCAAAGCAUUUUAACCCGCCUGCUUGACGUGCUCCAAAAGCGACUCUACAAACCACGAAACCUUGCGAGAUCUCACAGAUGGGAUCGCGUUUAGUUAAGUGAUGCAAGUCUAACAUUGAAGAUACAAGCGAUAAAAAACUGUAAUUUUCAUUUACAGAUAUCUAUAAGUGUAUUAUUUUCGUAAUAUGUGUGUAAAAUGUUGAACAUUUGCAGUAAAAUUUGCAAAACCCUCAUUUUCCCAAAAAACUUAACCCAGUUUUAUUAUGGUAAAGAUAUAUACGAUUAUAUUAAAAUAAAACUUAUUAAGUUAAUUAAGAUUAGAAACCCUGAUUUCUAGAACAUCUUACAUUCAAUUUGAUUCUUGAUCAAAUUCUCGAAAUCAAAUUAUAUCAUUUAAUUGGUACAAAAAUUAUUAAAAAUUCCUUUGCUACAAUGAUAGAUAAAACAAUUGUAAAAAUAAAACUCCUUUUUUUUGUAAAGCGCUAGAUUAAUUAUAUAGAUAAGCUUAAGAAUCAGUCGAUAAAAAAACAUUUUGAGAGCUGUAGCAAACUGCAUAAUAAAUUGAGCUGUAGCAACUGCAUAAUAAACGGAUUAAUACUCAAUUAUUCGCGACGAGAAUUGUGCUGAAAGAUUUUGUCGAUUGACUAAAAAUGCGGCUUCUCGAGAGGCAAAGACGAGAAUCCGAAUUUACAUAUUUACCAAAAACGUUUCCACGGUAAAUGUACUAUCUCCGGUAAACACACGGCGAAGCGUUCAAAGAUACGCGAGCGCAAACAUGUAACUUCUUAGAGAAGAGGACAUCGCGCCGGAGACGCCUACGGCAACGUUCGUAUGUCGCUGCGGUGAGCCUUGCGGAAAAAGAAGGAGAAGCGGGUACGAGAGAGAAGAGAGGAGGGACUUGAGGAGCUUUAAAAAAUAUAUAUUCGCCACGUUAAAGGCGUUCGGUCGGUGCUUCUGGCCAACUGCCAUGACGUCGUUUCGCGAUGAAAUACUUACUCGAGCAAACGUGUACGUACGCCACGUGAUGUUGACUGUAAGAUACGUAAAGAUCGAACAUUACCGUGUUAAGUCAUGAUCAACAUUUGCGGGCCAACUUUAUCCCGUUGCCGCUCGAAAGUGCGAUGGCCGGUUCAAACGGCUAUCGCACGCAAAUAAAGUAUUUUAAUGUUUACUUUAAAGGUUCAUUUUACAAAUAUAUGGAUAUCCGUAAAAUACCGAUAUCGGAAUAUGAGUACGGACGUUCUCGACACGACGAAUUUACUUGAAAAUUGCCAAAUGCUAUUUUAACGUCAAUAAUUUUUAGCCGUAAAAACUGAAAUAAAAUUUUACGCGAACGCAAACAUUUCGAGGAUCAUUUCGCAUAGCCGUAAAUACCGGGAGUAUCGAAAUAAUACGUAGAAUUAACGAAUAAUCGUAAUCAAAUCUAGUUGAUUCGAUUCCCGUAGAUUUCGAUCGAACAUUCAGGUUUACUUGACACGUGCACGCAAACAAUCUGUAAGCGAGUUACACGUCUGAAGCUUUUGUAUGAGUCUGUCCGUGCGUAUGUGGGUCUGUUCGUGUAUGGGCGAGAGGCCUCGUGCGAGGACUCGAGAGAGGGCGCGGGAGAGAAGACGACAGUGAAGCAGUAUGGCGGAACGACCGGCAAGACACAACGUGCGUCGAUCUGACUCGGCAGCCCGAUUAUAAAAAGAUAAAACUCACAGACGCGAGAUUAAUAAAAUUAUACAUUACAGUUCUCAGAAGUGGGAUCUGAGCUGCGUGAUCGAAACAGUUCGGCGAGUCCGUGGGAGCUGUGUGCCAGCGGAUGUUCGAAGGAAAUCGUUACGAAGAAGAGAGAAACUUCUAGAACGCGGGCGUGACGCGUCGUUGCUGUGUGCAUCGAGGACGGCGUGUCUCGUGCGUGUCAACUGUGUGCUUUGCGAGUCUGCUGUGUGCGUCGCAAGCGUUUUAAAAAUUCGGCGAAUCCGUGGGAGCUGUGUGCCAGCGGAGACUCAAAGAGAAGUUGCGAGAAGGAGAGAGAAACUUCUAGAACGCGGGCGUUACGUGCCGUUGCUGUGUGCAUCGAGGACGGCGUGUCUCGUGCGUGUCGACUGUGUGCUUUGCGAGUCUGCUGUGUGCAUCGCGAGCGUUUCGAAGAGAUCAGAGACGUUACAAGGAGGGUUUACGUGCGAAAGAGAUAAAGUACAUUCUCAAAGAAAGUUGUGUCAGUGAGAAACCGCCAUUAUGGACCCGAACAGUCUUACGGUGGUAGAACUAAAAGGCGUGCUGCGCGAGAUGAACUGCUCGACGAACGGGUCCAAGAAUGAGUUGAUCGAGAGAUUGAAAGCCGCAGAUCCGUCCGGGGCAUGGAUGAACAAGGUGAGGAAGGGGAAUCCUCACGACGAACAGCAACAUACGCAAGGUGCAGAGAGGUUAGGGGACGGAAACGAAGCAGGAGGACCGAACCCUACCGAAUGUACCACCAUCCUGAUGCGUGAGUUGGAGAUACGUGAGAGAGAGAGGCGCCUGAUGGAGCGAGAGUUGGAAAUCGUCCGUCGGGAACUGGAUAUGAUGCGAAGUGCUAACCUGCGAGAUGUGUCCACACCUGUUGUGCCUUCCGGGUCAGAAGAGGUAGAAGCUAACUCUAGGCCCAGGGUAAAUAUCAAUUCGGUCGCCGAGUUAUUACCACCUUUCAGCGGAACAGACGUAGACUUUGAUCGAUGGGAGCGUCAACUGAGGCUGCUCAAAGCAACGUAUGCGCUAGAUGAUAAAGCAACGAGAUUAUUGAUUGGCUCAAGGCUCAAAGGUAAAGCGCUUGACUGGCUAUUCUCGAAAUCUGAAUUUUUAGAGAUGUCUUUAGAACAGCUGCUGGCGGAAAUGAAGAGUAUGUUUCGACACAAGGUUAGCAAGAUGGUCCUCAGGAAGGAGUUUGAGAAGCGCAUAUGGAAGCAUGGAGAAUCAUUCAGCGAAUAUCUCCACGACAAAGUAAUUUUGGCGAAUAAGGUUCCUGUAGAAGAAGAAGACGUCGUGGAAUAUAUUAUAGAAGGGAUACCCGAUACUACACUGAGGGACCAAGCUCGUAUUCAAAAGCUCAAGUCCAAAGAAAGUUUACUGGAGGCCUUUGAAAAAAUCACGAUGCGACAGAAGACCGGACCAAAUGUUCCCGUUAUCAAGAAGAAGUCGAAUAAUUCCAUUGCCAAAGAUGAUAAGGCUAGCGGCACAGACGACGAUAAGGCGGCGAGAGGGGUCAUUCGCUGCUACAACUGCAACAGUCUAGGACACCUGGCAAGGAAUUGCAGGCAGCCGAAAAGGGAGCAAGGUGCCUGCUUUAGCUGCGGUGCUCAGGGCCACAUCUCGAAGAAUUGUAAAGCCGCCGCAACCCAGGAGAAAUCAGAGACCAAGGAGCAAGUGUCAAACGUAGAGGUUAUGUCUUCAGAAGGAGACAACUAUAUACGGAACGUAAAGUACGAACUGUCAAACGAACCUAAUUGCGUGAGUUUAGAACUUGAUUCGUUAUUCGAUACCGGAAGCGCCGUAAGUUUUAUCAAAAUAAAGUCUGUACCCCAUAAUAUUAUGCGAAAUGCGGAAGGGUUAAGUACCCGAUUUUGUGGAAUCAAUAAUUCUCAACUAAGAAUUUUAGGUGCUGUAAGAGCGAGAAUGUCCUGUGAUGGUACAACUAAGGACGAGACUACCCUGUUGGUAGUCCCGAACGAUACUAUGAAGCCGACAGUAAUUCUGGGACGUGAUGCGCUGCGAUCGCUAGGUUACACUCUGCAAAAGCGCCAGGAUCAAUUGGAGGCAUGUGUGGAAGAAAUUUUAAGUAUCGAUGUAUCUGACGAAAGGGAUCAACCGUCCCAUGCGUUGAACGUCAACCCGGAAUUGCCAAUAACUGUACAAACCGAGAUACGCGAAAUUUAUGAGAAGGAGUACGUAAGGCCAGAGCGUCCUGAAGCUCCAGUGGUAAACGCGGAAUUAAAGCUAGAGUUAAAAGAACACCAACCCUUCUCUGUCAUGCCUAGACGUUUAUCAUGGACAGAGAAAGAGGUUUUGCGAGAUUUGUUAGAUAAAUUACUUAAAAGAAAGGUAAUUAGGGUUAGUGAAUCUGAGUAUUCAUCACCUAUAGUUUUAGUCAAAAAGAAAAACGGAGAACAUAGAAUGUGUAUCGAUUACCGCGUGCUGAACAAGUACCUACUGCGUAGUAAUUAUCCUAUGCCUUUGAUCGAGGAUCAGCUAGACGUCUUAGCGGAUAAGAAGUACUUUACUUUACUCGAUCUUAAGGAUGGCUUCCACCAUAUAAAAAUCGCGAAAGAGUCAAUUAAAUACACGUCGUUCGUGACGCCGUUAGGGCAAUACGAGUGUGAAAAAAUGCCGUUCGGGCUUAAAACGGCCCCUUUAAGAUUUCAAAAAUUCAUUAAUGACGUUUUACGUGAAUUUAUUGAUUCAGGUGACCUGGUGGUCUACAUGGAUGACUUUAUGAUUGCGACAUCUACUAUUGAACAUCAUCUCUGUGUAUUGCGCAAAGUGUUUCGGGUAUUAGUCAAUAACCUGCUAGAAUUAAGAAUAGACAAAUGUAAGUUUGUAUACACUAGGGUAGAGUAUUUAGGCUACAUCAUUUCGGAAAAGGGCAUAAGUCCGACGAAGGAAGGAGUCGAAGCCAUACUUAACUUUCCUGUGCCUAAGAACGUCAGAGAAGUACGAGGGUUUGUAGGACUAUGCUCUUACUUUAGAAAGUUUAUUGAGAGGUUUUCCUUGAUAGCUAAACCCCUUUAUGAUUUGUUGAAGAAAGAUGUUGCUUUUGAGUUUAAGGAGUGCCAAUUGAGGGCGUUUGAAGAAUUGAAGGCUAAGCUGGCUUCUACUCCUAUCCUAUCCAUUUACAAUCCACGAGAUAGCACGGAACUGCAUUGUGACGCUAGCUCUCAUGGAUUCGGCGCGAUUUUGUUCCAGAAAAAGCAAGACCUAAAGUUACACCCCAUUUUCUAUUACUCAAAGAGAACAACGGAAACCGAAAGUAGAUACCAUAGUUUCGAGCUGGAGACACUAGCAAUAGUAUAUGCGUUGCGAAGAUUUCGGGUGUAUUUGCAUGGUGUGAAGUUUAAAAUUGUUACGGACUGCCAAUCUUUAAAGCUGACCCUGGACAAAAGGGACAUUAACCCACGUAUUUCUAGGUGGGCCUUGGAGUUGCAAGAGUUCGACUAUACAGUAGAGCAUCGUAAGGGAACGAGGAUGAGUCAUGUAGAUUGUUUGAGCAGAUGCUAUUUUGUUUAUGUCGUCGAGGAUAAUACUCUUGAAUUUAAUUUAUCAGUGAGUCAGAGUCAGGACGCCAGCAUUAAGGAGUUGCAGUCUAAGCUAGAAAAAACCGAAGAUAAGUUAUACGAGAUGCGAAAUGGUAUUGUAUAUCGAAAAAAGGAAGGAAAGCUGUUGUUCGUUGUGCCUAGUAGUAUGGAAGCGAGCCUUCUGUAUAAGUAUCACAAUGAGUUAGGACAUAUGGGGAUAGAUAAGGUGUGCGAAAUGAUUAACCGGAACUAUUGGUUUCCAAAAAUUCGAAGUAAAGUCGGAACGCAUAUCGCGAAUUGUCUAAAGUGUAUUGCGUACUCUCCAAAGUCGGGAAAAAGGGAAGGAAUGUUACAAGCAAUUCCCAAGGAAGGUCGACCUUUUGAAGUGCUUCAUAUUGAUCACUUUGGUCCGGUAGUGAAAGAUUCCCCAAAGAAGCAUGUGUUAGUAGUCGUGGAUGCUUUUACGAAAUUCGUCAAAUUAUACGCCACCAAGUCGACCUCGAGUCAGGAAGCUACAAAUUGCUUGGAACAGUACUUCUAUAACUAUAGUAGCCCAACAACUAUAAUCUCUGAUCGCGGGAGAUGUUUUUGUUCAAAGGAGUUCGACAAUUUUAUAUUGGAUCACGACAUUAAACACAUAAAGGUAGCGACAGCUUCGCCUCAAGCUAAUGGCCAGGCUGAGCGCGUGAACCGAGUUAUACAGCCUAUGUUGGCUAAACUAGUUGAUAGUAGAGACCGGAAAAAUUGGUAUAAGGUGUUACCACAAAUCGAAUACGCGUUGAACAACGUACCCCAUAAAUCCACUGGGGAUACGCCUAGUCACCUACUGUUUGGUACAAAUCAGCGUAUGAAACCUGCGGAUAAUGUGCGAGAAUACCUCGAAAGUCAGUCUCAGAAUGACACACGCGAUUUAGAUGUAAUUAGAAACGCAGCUAAGAUGCAAAUUUGUAAGGCUCAGGAAUAUAACAAAACCUAUGUUGACAAGAAGCGAAAGAAACCGCACGAGUAUGCUGAAGGUGAUUCUGUGAUGGUACGGAACUUUGAGAGCACACCUGGUACCCCACACAAGUUGAUUCCGCAGUUUCGAGGGCCCUAUAAAGUCAUUAAAAAGUUACGUAAUAACCGAUACGUUGUAGCGGACGUAGAUGGUCAUCAGGUGACUCAAAGACCGUAUCAAGGCGUGUGGGAGCCUGCUAAUAUGCGUCCGUGGAAAAGAACCGAUAGCGAGACGAACCAUGAAAGCGAGGAGGAUGAUUAACAUGUACACGGCCGAGGACGGCCUGCGGGUCAGGACUGGCCGAAUCUGUAAGCGAGUUACACGUCUGAAGCUUUUGUAUGAGUCUGUCCGUGCGUAUGUGGGUCUGUUCGUGUAUGGGCGAGAGGCCUCGUGCGAGGACUCGAGAGAGGGCGCGGGAGAGAAGACGACAGUGAAGCAGUAUGGCGGAACGACCGGCAAGACACAAC